AUGGGCUGUCUUUGUGACAUUGUCGGAUCUCUUGCUGGCAAAGCUGUUGAGUACGCUGUCGAGCCCACUGCACGACAACUUAGUUACUUAUUCAAGCCCAGGAGCAAGUUUCAGAACCUUCGGAGAAAAGUUAAAGACCUGGAGGAUGCAAGCGAAAGGGUGCAACAAUCUGUUGAAGCGGCUAACAGGAAGGGGGAGGUGAUUUUUAAGAAUGUCCAAAGUUGGUUGGAAGCGGUGAAGGGGAAGAUCUCCAAGGAGGCUGCAACACAAUUGCAGAAGAAUGAACAGAAAGCAAUGAAGAGGUGUUUUGCUGGAUUUUGCCCUGAUUUCAAGUCUCGUUAUCAACUUAGCAGGAAAGCGGACAAGGAGGCCGAUGCUAUAGCUCAGCUCUUGAUCCAAAAGGAAAACUUUGAUGGACUUUCCUACCUUCCUGCUCUUCAAGUGAGAGACAUUAUCAGACCUGUCAAAGAGUACGAGGCCUUCGAAUCAAGAAGCCGCGCUUUCGAUGAGGUCAUGGCUGCAUUGGAAGAUGAUACAGUUAGCAUAAUCGGAGUGCACGGUAUGGGGGGUGUGGGUAAAACCACACUCGUCAAAGAGGUCGCUGGAAAAGCCAAGGAGAAACUGUCGUUCGAUGAGGUGGUCUUUGUAGCUGUAACACAAACUCCUAACACAGAAAAUCUUCAAAAUGAGAUCGCCAACAAAUUAGUCAUGAAAUUAGACGACAACCCUAGCGUUGAUGUCCGAGCAGCCCGGCUACGUGAUCGACUGAAGGCCAAGAAAGUUCUUGUCAUCUUGGAUGAUAUUUGGAAAGAACAGGAAGUAGAAACACUUGGAAUUCCUUCACCAGACCAACACAAGGGAUGCAAGAUCUUAAUAACAUCAAGGAGGUUUGACGUGUUAGAAUCGAUGGAUUCUCAUCCAAACAUUUCAAUUGGAACAUUGAAAGAAGAUGAAGCUUGGAACCUGUUCAAGAAACUGGCUGGUCAUAUUGUUGAAAGAUCUGACGUACGGUCUAUAGCAGUUGAGGUUGCUAAAAAAUGUGCAGGACUGCCAAUCGCUAUUUCUACAAUUGCAAAGGCUUUAAAGCCUAAAGAGAAGCUGUUUGAAUGGAGGGAUGCUUUGCAAUGUUGUGUAGAUAUACAGUCACUGGAAACUGAUAUAACCUGCAUGAUAGCAAUGCGGAGAACACCUCUUAAUCCAACAGUGAUCGAGGCAGCUGUCAUGACACUCAAACACUCCAAUGUUGCACAAAGUACGGUUACAUGA